AUGGCGCUGAGCUACUACCUCAUGGCGCUGCGGGCCCCCUACAUGCACGAGCUCGUCACGCUCGCGUCUGCGGCAUUACUGAGAGCGGCGCCGCUCCGCUGCCGAGUCAUGAGCACAUUCUCCACCGGCGGAGGGUCCUGCGCCGCGGCGAGCGCCGACGUCAGGCGGCUGGCCGACGGCACAUGCUUCAAUCGCAAACUCGGCGCACUCAACGUGUUCGAGAUUGACGUCGACGACGCAGAGCCGUACACUGAGGUCGCGACACCGGCCGGCAACUUUUUCACGCAGCGCGUCAGCGGCUGGAGAAGCAACAUAGCGUGGGUCUCGGUCGACGACGAGCACUCCUUUCAGAGAUUCGAGGCGCUCUUUGAGCGCCUCGAGCUGCCGCAGCGCUUCUCCUCUGUCAUCCCACACUUGAGCUCGCCGCGCCUCUUCAGCGCCUUUUACGUCUGCCGCUCGUGGUGCGAGGCGCACAGCUUCCACACCGACUACAUGCGCCCCGUCGGCCUGCACGCGCUCACCCUCAUCACGCCGCUGCGCGACUAUCAAGAGACGGACUCCUUCCAGCUGACCUACAAGCCGGCCGUCGCGAGCGGCGCGCCGCAAUCCGACGGUUACGCAGCGCACGGCUCCGAGGAUGCGACGGAGGGGCGGACGGCGCCUCCCGCGCUGCAGCGGUACGCGUACAAGAAGGGCAAGGCGAUCGUCUUUGGCUCUCGCUUCGAGCACAGCACCGAGCCUGGCGCGGGCGACGAGGGUGAGGUGCACGCCUAUCUCUGCUUCACCUUUGGCACGGACGACCAGUCCAAGUGGGCCGACAUUGCGCAGACGCUCGACACGCAGUCGCGCAUCGUCCAGCACCCUGAUGGAGAGCUGAGGCUCUCCGCGCUGGGUAGAGCCAUCGAGGCGGCGCUGCGCGACCUCCAGCGCGGCUCUGGCGGCGGGGGCGCAGAACAUCUCUCUUCCGUGGACGCGCAUGUCAAACGAUAG